AAAGUCCAUUUCCAAGAUGGCGUAGAGUUGAGAAACGAUGAACUUCGACAAUCGACAGUUUGCUUUAUGAUUAUUUACCCAUAGGUUGUGUUUGCUCGGCGUAUUUAUAAUUUAACUGUCCCGCAUUGCUAUUUAAUGCUAUUUGGACGGUGGGUAGACCUGUACGUUUGGAAGUGUUGACUACCUGCUAGCCUUCUACUUGGAAGCUUUGUGUGCCGCUUGCUAAGCUCGCUAAAUGUUAGCAAGUUAGCCCAACAACAUACACCAAAUUAGGUACCUGGGUCGAAUACAUGCAUUUGGGGAUUAUCAAAACGAACAGAAUCUGCCAGCCUGUAUUUAUCGACGUUUUUGGUCACCUGAAUGUUUGUCAAAGGGAUAAGGCUGGGGUUUUUAGACAGCCGAGCCGACACCGAAUUCUGUGAUUAAUCGGGUUUGUUUUGAUUGGACAGUCGCAUCGAUAGGCGAAACGUGUAUCGCUGAAAUAUCACAUUUACACCUUACGUUUAUUUAGUAGAGCAAAAACAUUGUAUUUGGGUCGAUAUGGAUCGUAAACGUGGAAGGGAUGCACCGUCGAAAGGCAGCAGCAGCGAGUCCAGCAGCAACAGUCCCGCGUCACCUGCAAGCCCAGCGCUGGAUUCUGGAAAACCAGUCGGAGGCGCCAACGCAUUCGCCAAUGACGGCAGCUUCAUGGAAAUGUUCAAGAAGAAGAUGGAAGAGGAGCGAAGGAAAAAAGAAGCGGAGCAAGCAAUCUGCCCCGAAAGCACUGCUACCGCUGCUGCCGACGAAGGACAGUCGACAGUGGAAAAGAAGACGAGUAGCGUGGCCAGCUUUGUGGGGAAGCGGAGAGGGGGUGCCAAAUUGACCCUACGGACCGGCAUGGUUGCCAAGAAGCAGAAAGUGGACGAUGAGCUUGAGUCGGGCAAAGGAGACGCCUGGACUAAAUACAUGGCGGAGGUGAAAAAGUACAAAGCUCACCAGUGUGGAGACGAUGACAAAACCAGGCCCCUGGUCAAAUGAAGAGGGGCCCUUUAAUGCUGAAGGAGGAGACCUCAUGCCAGAGGGAGGGAAGCAUGGAGAAGAGGAGUGCCUGCUGCAUAGGAAUGGAGAGAAGCUGCCACAAGACCUGCGCCCAUACUGCCAGACCGAGACCCAGAGCCAGAGCCAGAGCCAGCACGCUCUGCUGCCUACUUCCUCAGUUUUUUUUCUAUCUCGUUUAUUUUCUUUUCGGUUUAUUUUUCAGUUUCAUUUUUUCUUUCUUUUCCCUGAGUUGUCUUGUGGUUUUUAGCUUAUACAUACACAAUGUGUGGCAAACUUUGUUUAAUUUUUGGUGGAUUUGUUUUUUUUUCCUUUAUCUUUUUUUGGAAGACAAUGUUUACCCUCACGUUAGCUUGUUAUUCUAUUGCAGAUUUACUUGACAGGGUAAUGCCUUGUAGAUAUUCAAUAUUUUUGCCCUCUCUGUUGGUAUUUGUCAUUUAAAUCAGAUGAUUAAAAAAGAUGCUAAUAAAAAUGCUAAGCAUUAAAUGACUAAG